UAUUGAUACAACGAGAGCACCGCAAGCCCUAUCGCUUCUCUCUCCCUACCCAUGGGUUUCUUCAAUAGCUUUCUUAGUGUUGUGAUGCAUGUGGCCGUUGCUAUAUUCCUUUUAGCCUACUUACCUGUUAGGAUGGUGUGGAGAUUGGUUCGAUGGAUGCUUGUGAGACCUUUCUCACAGGAGGACGUCAAAGGAAAGGUUGUUCUCAUCACCGGAGCUUCCUCCGGCAUUGGUGAGCACAUAGCUUACCAAUAUGCUAUGAGAGGGGCAUCUCUGGUUCUUGUUGCAAGGAGAGAGCAUGCUCUCAAUUCAGUAGCUAAGACCGCAAUUGAGCUUGGGGCGCCGGACGUGCUUGUGAAACCUGCUGACAUCUCCAUCCCCAAUGAAUCAGAACGGAUCAUUGAAGAGACUAUUGCUCACUUUGGCCAAUUGAAUCACCUCGUUGUCAAUGCUGGAAUCUGGAGCAGCUGCCUCUUUGAAGAUAUCGCCAACAUAUCUGCCUUCACACAAGUGAUGGAUGUAAACUUUUGGGGCUCAGUAUAUCCAACUUAUUAUGCAAUUCCACACCUCAAGACUAGCCAUGGCAACAUCAUUGUGACAGCAUCAAUGGCUGGCUAUGUUCCUACCGCAAGAAUGAGCUUCUACAAUGCAAGCAAGGCAGCAAUGAUUAGGUUCUAUGAGACAUUAAGAUCAGAGCUCGGCUCAGAGAUCCGGAUCACCAUCAUAACUCCAGGCUAUGUGGAAUCAGAAAUCACCCAAGGCAAAGUUCUUAAGAAAGACGGUGAAGUAGGCAUCGACGAGGAAGCUAGAGAUGUCCAGCUUGGACCGUUUCCUGUCGGCAGCACAAAGAAGUGUGCGGAGAUCAUUGUUGAUAGUGCAUGCAAAGGUGAUGAGUAUGUGACAUGGCCUUCCUGGUUCAAGCCCUUCUUUAUGGUCAUGUGCCUUGCUCCCGAGGUUGUGAACCGGUUUUCUCACUCAUUCCAUGUUGCUAAGCCAGGCACCACUUCGACCGAGACCCUGAGUAAGAGGAUCUUAGAGGCAUCAGGAGCCAAGAAAUUUUUCUAUCCAGCUUCAAUUCAAUCACCUAUCAUUAAGAUAUAGAUACGAAGUUGGCUCUAAUGCUAUUGUCAAGAAAUGAAACCAUAGUUGUUAUGGAUGUCUUUCUUAUAACAAUUCAGAACUUUGAAUCAAUUUAGGAUCCUGUGAUGCAAUAUUUUGAUCUUUUUUAUUUGUAAGAUGUGUCAUCUAUAAGUUAGAUAUGUAAGUUUCGUUGAUUAAUACACUUUUGUUAGACAUGAAAGGAAGCUUUGGAUAGCAUUGUUGCUUCAUUUUCUCUCUUGUUAAAUUGGAGUAAAGAGUACCAGCACAAUGACAGUU